AUGGCGAACAAGUCUAGUGUGUGUGAAACUCAUUAUAAAUGCCUUGGCUUUGCAGGUGGCCUUCGAGAACUGUACUGGUGGGGCAUCGAGCGCACCAGCGAAACCUUCUCGACCUUGCUCGUGUUCAUCUGCGCACCGUCCAAGAUCGUCCUGACCGUCGACGACUCGCUCGACCUCGCCGAGCUGUACAAGAAGGACCCGGAAACCGGUUCCAUGAAGCUCAACUUGGACAAGCGAGCAGGUGAGCAAUCUACGCUUGCAUUGUAUUUCCAAGCCAGUUGGCGGUCCCGUCGACCUGACCUAGAAAAACCGAAACUUACAUGACCACCGAAUUGCUCCCGUACAGUCUAUAUGAGUAACCACCAGAUGUACGCCGAUUGGAUCUACACCUGGGCCCUCUUCCACGCCGCUGGAUUGCACGGCUACGUACGAAUCUUCCUCAAGGCCUCGCUCAAGCACAUCCCCAUCGCAGGACCGGCGAUGCGUCUGUGGUCCUUCAUCUUCCUCAAGAACUGGACCCAGGACCGCGAGUCCGUCGGGAACCAAAUCUUCCACCUCGGUCGACGCGCCCAACGCCACGAUCGCAAGAUGGCCAUGCUUAUCUUCCCCGAAGCGACGCUCGUUUCAGUUCUGACGAGGCCGAAGAGCAAGGCGUAUGCCGACAAGAUUGGCGUUAAGGACUUGAGGCACUGUCUGUUGCCCAAGUCGACCGGCCUUCUUUUCACAUUGAGGACACUCAAGCUCAAGGUUGACGAUCUUGCUCUGUAUGAUAUCACCGUGAGUCGCUCAUCGCGAGAUUGUCAUCGAGUCUCCUGGACCUGACUCUGCUUUUCAUACCUCGGUCUGCUCGCGCUGUAGAUUGGUUACCCGGGUAUCCCAUCAGGGGGCUAUGCCCAAUCCUACUAUACCCUGCAGUCUAUCUUCGCUGCCAGCCAAGGUCCGGAUCAAGUUUCGAUGCACCUACGCAAGAUCAAUCUAGCCGACAUCCCGAUCGGCAACGUUGAUCGUUCACUCACGCCCGUCCAACUUGACGACGCCUUGACGGCCGAGGAACGCAAGACUUUUGACGAGUGGGUGCGUGCGAGGUGGACGGAAAAGGAUGAGCUCAUGGAUGGGUAUUACAAGACGGGAGCGUUCGAGGCCAAGGAGUCGCAGCGCACCGAGUGGCCUGUCAAGGUCACCAGUUGGGACGAUUGGGUCAGUCCACGUUCCCUGUUUGGAAUCAUCUUACCCCUUGCGGGCGACCUCAUGAUCGUCUUCCUCAUCGAUGUACCCGCAGUUGUCGAUCGCCGCGCAAGUAUUCGCCCUGUACGCGAUCUGGCGCAUCUCGGUGUGGUCCUGGCGAUUCUACCACUCGAGCCCGAGCGGAGUAUCCCCCUGGAAGUCGAUGUGGAAGCUGUACACCGACGCGGUGAUGCAGAACUACCUCAAGACGCCUCCGGGCGUAGGGGAUCAUCCUCUUGGGGCUCCGGGUCCUGCAGGUGCCGGAAUGGGUGCGGCGAUGGGGAUGUAA